AUGGAUGAAUACACACCCGACGCUAUCGUCAAUCGUGACGAGCCUAUCCCUCUCAUCUCUCCCGGUCAUCAUGGAUCCAAGCAAGCGAACGCUUCGAGGCCGACGACAGGGCACAAGCGCUUCCCCUCGGGGGUUGGACGGUCUCUGCAAGACCGACUCUUUACCAAGCUUCUCGAACAAGUAGUCCCCACCGACAAUGUCAACGAUGAUACUGUGUUUGUCGGCGAUAAGCCCGCCGCAGACCCGAAACGGCCAGCAUUUAGUCUGCCUCUGAUGGCCAACAACUUCCGCCGAUUCAAUGCAAGAAUUGGCGUGGUAUUUCACUUUCAGAACCAAGUGGAGCGUCUCCUCAGCUGGAAGAAGCCGUCUCACACGUAUUCCUUCCUCUUUGUCUACUCAUUUGUCUGCCUUGACCCUCACCUACUGGUCAUUCUUCCCUUGGCAUGCUUCUUGCUCUUCGUGAUGGUCCCGGCAUUUCUGGCUCGCCACCCCCCGCCUCCAUCAACCUCCACCUCCAGCAUAACCCCGUACUACUCAUAUCAAGGCCCAGCCCUUGCGCCAGCAAGGACCAUCAAGCCAGCCUCUGAAACGUCGAAGGACUUCUUCCGCAACAUGCGCGAUCUGCAAAAUUGCAUGGCCGACUUCUCUGACCUCCACGACGCCACGGUCUCAGUUUUCGCCCCCUUGACCAAUUUCUCGAACGAGAAGCUCUCCUCAUCAGUCUUCCUACUCUGCAUGUUCACAACAGCGUUGAUGUUUCUGACCGCCCACCUCAUGCCAUGGAGGUACAUCCUCCUCGUUGGUGGCAAUGCUGCUAUCCUCUCGAGUCACCCCCGGCUUCGCGAGCUCUUCCAAAACAUCUCCAUCGACCUCGCCGGCGAAUCUGCGCCCGAAAAGCUUCCACAGAAAGAGCAGGUUCCCGACAUGCUAGGGCUACCAUCUUCACCGUCCGCCGCCAUGUCUCUUAUGGGAUCCAUAGCUGAUAUCUCCCUGGACACCUACUCCGAGGAGCGGGAAGUCGAAAUCUUCGAGAUUCAAUACCGCUCGCUCGCGCCCUACUCUGAAUCAGUAUGGGACCACUUUCUUUUCAGCCCUAUGCCGUAUGAUCCACUGUCACCGUCGCGCAUUGCCGGUGACCGCCCCAAGGGCUGUCGCUUCUUUGAAGAUGUCCAGCCGCCGCGGGGCUGGGCCUGGAAGAGUAAGAAGUGGGAGCUGGAUCUGGACUGUCGAUCUGGAUUCUGA